AUGAAAGAUCUUGGUUCUCUUAGCUACUUCCUCGGCUUAGAAGUGUCCCCUACCACUGAUGACUACUCUUUGACCCAAGCUAAGUAUACUUCUGAUCUUCUCACCCGUACUGGUCUCACAGAUUGUAAGAUAGCUGAUAGUCCGCUGGAGCCCAACAUCAAACUUCGUCCUACUGAUGGGGAGUUCCUUCCUGAUGCCACUCGUUAUCGACAGCUUGUUGGGAGCCUAAUUUAUCUCAUUGUUACUAGACCAGACAUUGCCUAUGUAGUGCAUCUUGGGACCCUAUUGAUCGCCGAUCUACCACUGAUUUUCUUUUUCUACUUGGUGACUCCUUAUCUCUUAGAGGAGCAAAAGCAGACAGUUGUUGCUCGCUCUAGCACUGAGGCCGAGUGUCGAGCCCUUGUUGACACUACUUCUAAACUUCUUUGGCUUGGGUGUUCCUCAGCCCUCUAG